CUGGUACAGAACCUUGCUGCUGCUCAACUCAUUCCCCUCCCCCUAGUAGGCUGCUAUCUGAUCUAUGAUGAUAUGCGAUCUCUUGGAUACUACCUCUCACACACACACAUAUAUACACACAUGUCAGACGUUGCUGCUCAGCUGAGCACAAUGCCUCUAUCUUAGCACUGCUCCGUGCUACCAAUCCUUUACAAUGUUGCCAUGUUUUCCUAUUUUGAUCUCACCAUUGUUUUGCUUUUGCUGCCUGCUCAUGUUGCCUUUGGGGCUCCUUUGCCCUUCUGCUUGUGUUUGUAUGGAUUACCAUACUAUAGACUGCAGGGACCAAGGACUCCCAAGCCUGCCUAGCUCAUUUCCAUUGGACGUGCGGAAACUUCUUGCAGCCAACAACCACAUUCAGACUAUACCAGCAGACCUCCUUUUAUUUUAUGGAGAUCUUAUAUAUUUGGACCUCAAAAACAACUCAUUAACCUCAUUAGAAGAAGGCACCUUCAGCAGUUCUUCCAGACUGUUGUUUUUAGAUCUAAGCUAUAACAACCUGACACAGCUGGACGCUGGGACUUUUAAAUCGGCAGAAAAGCUCAUCAAGUUAUAUUUAGGGAAUAAUAACCUGUCAGAAGUGCAUGAAGCUGCCUUUGAAAGUCUGAGCUCCCUCCAGGUAUUGGAAUUGCAUAACAAUAAUUUGCAAAGUUUGAGUGUAACAGCCCUGGAAGCACUAACAUCCCUUCGUACGAUCCGUUUGGAUGGUAACCCUUGGAUAUGUGAUUGUGACUUUGCCAAUCUCUUUUUUUGGAUUGAUGAAAAUGCACAAAAAUUACAAAAAGGUGUGGAAGAAAUCCAGUGCAUAUUAGAAGAUCGAAAAAUUUUCCUGCAUGAGCUAUCAGACAUCAGUUUCAGGGAAUGCAAAUACAGGUUGUCAACCAUAGACUUUUUAAUUAUCUUUUUAUCUGGAGUGGCUGUUUCGAUUGCUGCCAUUUUCUCAAGUUUUUUUUUGGCUACGACGGUCCACUGCUUCCAAAGAUGUGCUCCAAGCAAAGAAGAUGAGGAUGAAGAUGAGUAAUAAGAAAUGCAUUUCUGGAUUUUUUUGUUGUUUUUAACCAAAUGGAUAGACCAAAUUAUAUGACACUUACGUAUUCCAAGCUGUAAAUUAUAGAAAAUGAAACACUAGAGAACAUCAAGAGGAAUCAAGUUAAUUAUUACUUGACAAAGAGACCCUUAAAGCCAAGAAACAUUAUGGUCAUUAUUUAUAAAUGACAAGGGGUGCUGUCUAGUUAGUAUAAAUGUCCUCUUGAAAGAUAAAUGAAUUGCCCAUCUUAGUAGUUAUUAGUUAUUUUCAUACUCUAUCUAUCAUCUAUCUAUCUAUCUAUCAUCUAUCUAUCUAUCUAUCUAUCUAUCUAUCUAUCUAUCUCUAUCUAUUUUGAAUUCCUUUGUCUUCUAUACUAAUGUUUACAUUCAACAAAUUAGGUUAUUCUUAUGUAGUCUGUAAUAUUGCCUUUGCAUUUAUUUCUCUAUUGAAUGCAUAUGAUCCAGUAUAUUACACAGAGGCUGUGGUGGCCAUACAUGGGCCAAUUAAAGCUGGCUUGGUCUGUCAGCAGCUUGUAGACCUGUGUAUGUGGCCUUCGACGGGCCUACCCAACCUAUAUCUGGCAAAAAAUCCCCUAGAUGUUGAUCAGGCAGGUUGAAAAAUCUGGUCGGGGCAACAAGCACAAUGGCUUGAUUAUGAGGUCUCUGACUGCCUACAUGCUGUCAAUGUAAUCCAAUAUCAGCCACCUCAAGGUGGACACAUUGGGGAGAGAUCUGCUUGUUUGGUAACCUUGCCAAAUAAAAGGCUUUUUAGUGCAUGACCACAUUUACAGUAUACCACUAGGUUUCAUGAUUUGUGUAGCAUUUUGAUUUAGUGAGUUGGCUUAAUAUAGAUCAGUCAUGAGUCUAAGGCCAACGACAUACAUAAUGUUUCUCCACCAGCGAAUUUCAUUUAGCUGAAUGGAAACUGCCUUUUGGCUUUUUUUCUUGCAUAAUACAUUAUUCUAGUGGUGACACACUGAGCAGCCCAUACAAUACAUUUAUCUCAUUACUUUGGUAAGACCUUAAAAUCCGAAGCACUGGUCUCAUAAAUGAAUGGGUUAUGCUUUCAAACUCAAACCUUACAAUGCAUUCAUAAAACAAUUAUAAGAAACGGGUAAAGGAUUUUUUUCCUAAAUCUAUUAGAGCAACCAUAAAGAAGCAAAAGAUCUUCUUCCUGUACUGAAUUUUAAUCUAUACUGUCAGUCUACAAGAUCUUCAAAUACCAUUUACGAGGAAAAUGAAAAAAGGCAACCCUAUUGCAGACUUGUAUUUUAAGCUAUGACUUCGUUACAAUAGCAAUCAAGCCUUAUUAAUUAAAAAUACAACCCAUGGGAGAAAAGCUAAAUGAAGUGUACAAUCUGCUAAGUCACCAAGAGAAUAAUGUACUGGUCCCAGAGGAACAAAUCCAGAGUUCUUACAUUCCAAAAUAUAAAUAUAUUUAUAUAUAUCGUAUUUCUAUAUAUUCCAUAAUAAAUUUUUACAGCAUAUUACAAUAAAUUUUAACAAUCAUGAAGAGAUUUCAGACAGACAUAUUUUACAUAAUUCUUUAGACUGACAGGAAACAAUCGCAGUCUGCCUUUGAAUCAAGGGACCAUUUAACUUCUUAGGCUGGAAGAGUCAUUCAACCCCGCCCUCACAUUUGUUCCAUGUUAAAGGAGAAGGAAAGGCUAAUAAAGAGUUAAUCUCAAGCUGCAGGCAUACCUUCAGUUCUCUCAAUA